AUGGCAGCAACUAUUGAAUUAGAUGAAUUAUGCCAAAAAAUAUUAGAUGCAACAGUAUCAAUGAGAUUAAAAGAUGAAGACAAUAAGAAUGAUAUUGCUACAGCAGAUAAAAUCAAAAAGUUUUAUAUGUUAGAAGAAAAUGAAAAUAACAAUAUUCUAAUCAAGAAAGUUGUUGAAGACAAUAUUGAAGAGAACUAUGGCAAUAGAGAAUUUGACGUUGAUGCUUUG